ACUAGCCAGUCCGUUCCAGCAAAGGUACUGGGCUUUCACCAGUAGUGCCACUACCACUGGUGUGGUUGUGAGAAUCAGAAUAACGAAAAGUUGAGGCUGGGGUAAUCCAGAUAAGCGGGUGCCAGCCAGAGAGAUGCUGAGGAGAAAAGCCACCAAGAUCGAAGUGAAACUCGACGACAAAGAAGAACUCGAAGAAUCCCGUAAACGCGCCUCCACCACCGCCGCUUCCUCCACCUCAAUUUCAUCCUCCACAGCCACCGCCGCCUCCUCUCUCCUUCAGCACUUCGACCGCUCCUCCCUUAAUCCCUCCACCAAAUCCCACCGCAUCGGCCUUUCCCCUUGAUUCCCGAUAUUUAUUGUUUUCUUUAUCUUUAAAAAUUCUACUCCUUGCUUCAUAUUUUAUGUUUUAAGAAAUAAAUUAGAAUUAGAGGAACAUCAAAUCUUUGGGCGGCUCAUAUCCUCCGAAGGAUAACGACCUCAUCUGCUAAGCAAAUGGAGGUCGAAGUAAAGCUUAGAUUACCAGAUUCGGCCGCACACCGGAAGGUCCUUUCCUUACUUUCCCCCUUCCACACCAAAACCCACCACCAAAGGAACUCGUUCUACGACGGCGCUGCUGGCGAGCUGAGUUCUCGCCGGGCAGUUCUCCGCCUCCGAUUCUACGAGAACUGUCAACCCUCCAAAUGUUUCAUCUGCCUAAAGGCAAAAGCUGUGAUCGUCGAUGGCGUUAGCCGGGUCGAGGAGGACGAAGAAGAAGUGGAUUUCGAGGUGGGUUUGCAGUGUUUGGAAGAUGCAACCAAGUUAGUCGAUGUAGAUUCCCGGGUGGCGAGGAGGGCUCACGAGGAGUUUGGUGUGAAGGCGGGAUUUGUGGGGUUGGGGGGCUUUAGGAAUGUGAGAAAUGUGUACGAGUGGAAUGGGGUGAAAUUGGAAGUGGAUGAGACGGUUUAUGAUUUUGGGACUUGCUAUGAGAUCGAAUGCGAGAGUUCAGAGCCAGAAAAAGUUAAGGGGAUGAUCGAAGAGUUCUUGAAGGAGAAUGAGAUUGAGUACUCAUAUUCGCAGGUGUCAAAGUUUGCGACUUUUCGGUCUGGAAAGUUGCCUCAGUAAUUAUUGUCAUGUUGGCGGAUGUUUACUGAUUCCAGUGAAGAAGCAGAAGGUUGAUGCAGCAAUAAAUCAAGCAUUUUGAUGCUUGACUGCUUCAAAUAUACAGCUGUUACUCUUAAUACUUUCUGGACCUGAAGAUGAAAUUUAAGAAUUUGAGUGUUUUGGGUUCUUUUGUCUUUGGAUUGGUCAAACUUUUUGAUAUGCCUGCUUUACAUGUGAUCCCUACGUUGAGCAUCCAAUCUUUUUCCUGGCAUCUAAACCAGAAAGGCAUUAACACUGUUGACCAUUUGA